UGCGCUAGAAUAAAGAGGUUAAAGAAGAGGGGAGGAGUGUAGAGCUGAGUUUGUAGGAGGGACCAUCAUUCAGAGAAGUGAGCAGUUCCUGGUUUGUCAGAGAAGAAAGAAGAGAAGCAGCAUUAAAGCAUCAGAGCCUCAACAUGAAAGUCUUCCACACUUUUUUCUGUUUCCUCUUCAUCGCACUGCAGGUAGGAAAUACUGGACUCAUCAAUGCAGAAACACUCUACACAAGACUGGAAGGAAAAGACGUCACAGUUAAAUGCGAGUUACCCGUCUCUGGAUCCAGAAAGUUCUUUUGUAGGGAAACAUGUGAUGGGGGAAACGUUUUGAUUGAAACAACAAAGAACUACGAUCAGAGUGGCCGAUACAGCAUUCGGUACGAAGAAGGUCAUUUUCCUUCGAGGAACGCAAUCAUGUUCGUGAGCAUCAAACGGCUGGAAGUUUCUGACUCUGGACGCUACAGAUGUGCUCUGGAAAAAUCUUUGUUCCUAGAACCACAGUGGGAUUUUAGGAUUGUUGUCAAAGAAGACUUGACUCUCCGAACUUCUCCACCGUCACCGUUUCUUCCAUCAUCCUCCACUGAAUCCUCCGAGCAGCUCGACUCAUCUCCACCACGUCCAGAUCAGCAGCUUUACAUAGGUCUGAUUCUGGUGGUCAAGAUCUUCAUUUUAUCGAUGCCUUUGAUGAUUUACUGCAAGAAGAGAAGAUCCACCAAACCUAAAGUUCCACCUGUGGAGAUGAACAACAUCAACGUCUCAGAGGUCAACCGAGUGUAUGAGGAGAUCAGAGAACACAGACAGAUCAGUUCUCCUCCUGUGGAAAUGUCUUCAGUUCACUGCAAUGCCAAAUACACCAAAUCAAACAGAGCUGAAGACACCUCAGUUUAACCAUCUGUAAUCUGAACAAAGUAAGAAAACUGUGGUGGGAUUUUAGCUUCCAGGUAAGAACUCAGAUUACUAACAAAUUAGACUGAAUCAGACAACAGAAAAUGACUUUUUAAUUACGCGGUGGAAAGAUUUUAUGUAUUACAAUCAGAUAAUGCUGUAUUUUGUAUAACUGUUGUGGAAUUUUCUCUAAUAUGUGAUCCAUACAGGUAAAAAUCAGACCAUAAAUCAUACUGUUGGGUCUUAAUCCAAGUUCACAGAACGAGUUGUGAAUGAACCUUCUAUUGUUCAGUUGACCAGUGAAACAAAUAAUAAUUCUGCUUCACCGUAGAGAAAAUAUGUCGCAGGCUGUGUUUAAAGAGAGAAAAACUUCAAAUACCUGUUCUUAUGUAGCCUUUACAACAGGUUAAAUGUGUAUUUUUGAGUAACUGUGAUGAAUAUCUGCACUGAGUAGGAUUAUUUUAGGCGAAAAACAAAUCAUGAUUGUUUUCUGGUGGGAAAAAGAAACAGUUUCUUCUUACUUAUUGUCUGCAGAUAGCCUUCAGAUAGAUGUGACAUCUGUCAACAAAAUCAGAGAAGCUGACUCAUUCUUUUAUGUUAUAACUGUGCUGUCAAAAUGUUUUAGUUUAGCUUCUCUUCCAGCAUAAUUCUGCUGUAUUUCCAUUUGGUUUCAUUUCCAUUAUUGUGUCUCUGUGGGUCAUGAUAAGUUUGCAGAUUCAGAGAACUGAGGUGAACACAAAGUUAACACCACCCACAGAACCACAACAGUCACAUUAAAGGGAAAUACAGCAGGUUGAAGUAAAUCAGAAUCAUCAUUUAAAUACUUUCUUUAUAUAGUAAUUUUGACAAAGAUUAUUGUUUUUAUUGAAAAGUAAAGUGCUUCUUGUGGAGUUCACACUGUAAAGUUACUCAGGAUAAUUAAUCUUUUAAAUGUUUUUAUUUUAUAUAUACUGAACUGUAUAGAGGGGGAGAUCAGGUCUUUCUGUGAGCUGUUGUGUUGCUUUUUCACAAAUAUAUGUUUUUUUAUUCAUGCUAUAUAGUCCUGCAAAAAAGAAGAAGAUAUUGCAAAAAUUAGUUUGCUAAAACAUUUUAAAUAGCCAUCAUUUAGUCACCAUGACAACAACAAGCUGUAAACUCUUUAAAUAUCCAACAGUAACAAACCUCCUUCACUUUAUUCACCAACUCAACUGAUAUUUUAGGAAAAACAAAACAAUAAGAAAAGUGUAUUCUACAUGUGUUUUUUUUAAUGAAAAUUAACUUGACAUUGAAUUGAACAUUGGCAGUUUAAACAGGAUCUGGUCUUUAUGUUUUACUAAACAUGUUUAGAUAUAUUUUGAUCCACUGUUUUCCUCCAGUUUUGCAGUGAAAGUGUAACUACUAGUUACUAUGAGACACUGCAGCAGGUUGGUACUAUUAAAGGUCAACGUCAGGUUACAAUAAAAAUAUUCCCUCCAUGUUGUUCCUGUCACAUUUUUCCUCACUGUUGGUUCAUUUUUCACUGUAAAUCCUGCAGCUGUAUGGAAACAGAACAACCAUGACACCCAGUGGCUGCAUCUGGGUUUAAACAGAGGUGUAAUGUUUGUGCAGUUACUUGUUUCAAGUUUUAUAAUUCUCUUUUAUUUUCUCAUCGGGAAAGUCAGAAUAUCUUUACCCUGAUUGAAUGUUUAAAAGCAAAAAAAGGGAUCAUUUGUCAAGAACGGUGAAUGCUUGUCAAGUUAUUUUCAAAGAUGUCAGUGCAUGUUUGAAGUGUCAUUUUCCAUCCAUUUGUGUCUUUAAAAUAUCAGAUUUUCCAAGUUAAUAAUGAUGCAUGUGUCCAAAUAUGUUCCACUGUGUUACUUGUUAUUGUGGAAAGUCAGCGAGGUGGAGAGAGGAUGAGGAGGCAGACACAGAGAGACACACUGGAGACUCUGAUGACUUAGGUUGUGAGGAAGAUUUACUGACGUCAGGAGAAGUGACACCGACAGAGCAGCAGUACAUGCAGGCAGUGCCAGC